AUAUACAGGCACUGUAGGGUUAUAUACAGGGAGUGUAGGGUUAUAUACAGAGGCUGUAGGGUUAUAUACAGGGAGUGUAGGGGUUAUAUACAGGCACUGUAGGGUUAUAUACAGGGAGUGUAGGUUAUGUACAGGGGCUGUAGGGUUAUGUACAGGGGCUGUAGGGUUAUAUACAGGGGCUGUAGGUUAUGUACAGGGGCUGUAGGGUUAUAUACAGGCACCGUAGGGUUAUAUACAGGGGCUGUAGGGUUAUAUACAGAUGCUGUAGGGUUAUAUACAGGCACCGUAGGGUUAUAUACAGGGAGUGUAGGGUUAUAUACAGGGGCUGUAGGGUUAUAUACAGAUGCUGUAGGGUUAUAUACAGGGACUGUAGGGUUAUAUACAGAGGCUGUAGGGUUAUAUGCAGCCGCUGUAGGGUUAUAUACAGGGAGUGUAGCGUUAUAUACAGGCACUGCAGGGUUAUAUACAGGAAGUGUAGGGUUAUAUACAAGGACUGUAGGGUUAUAUACAGGGAGUGUAGGGCUAUAUACAGGGGCUGUAGGGUUAUAUACAGACGCUGUAGGGUUAUAUACAGGCACCGUAGGGUUAUAUACAGGGAGUGUAGGGCUAUAUACAGGGACUGUAGGGUUAUAUACAGGGGCUGUAGGGUUAUAUACAGGGGCUGUAGGGUUAUAUACAGAGGCUGCAGGGUUAUAUACAGGGGCUGUAGGGUUAUAUACAGGCACCGAAGGGUUAUAUACAGGGAGUGUAGGGUUAUAUACAGGGAGUGUAGGGCUAUAUACAGGGACUGUAGGGUUAUAUACAGGCGCUGUAGGGUUAUAUACAGGGGCUGUAGGGUUAUAUACAGAGGCUGCAGGGUUAUAUAUAGGGGCUGUAGGAUUAUAUACAGGCACUGUAGGGUUAUAUACAGGCACCGAAGGGUUAUAUACAGGGACUGUAGGGUUAUAUACAGGGACUGUAGGGUUAUAUACAGGUAGGAUGCUGUUAUGGACUGUUUGCCUUGUUAACAGACAGACCAUGGAUCCUGUGAGCAGGUUCUGUUCACAGUGUUGUGUGAAAACUUUGUUUGGUAGUUUACCAAAUCUGUCAAAAUGAUGGACAGCCUUCAGAAUUUUCCAUUAUCUUUAAAAAAAAAUCAGGCUAAUUAUGUUCAUUUUGUCUUCUGUUAAUGUAAUUAUUCUUUUUUCUUUUGUUCAGACAGGGUAUAGUUUUUGUUCAGACAGGGUAUAGUUUUUGUUCAGACAGGGUAUAGUUUUUAGAUGUUACCUGCGUGACAGCUUUGACUGUGACUCCAGUCUUCCUCAGAAGUGUCAUUCGACAUGCUGCUGACGUGUUAUUUAUCAGCUGGUCGGCUCGAUGGGCUCUGAUUGGUCCGUCGCGCCUCUCCCACAUUGGGUGGUCUUUGGAGGCGGGAAUCCCAGGUGUGCGACAGGGUGUACGCCCCCUCGUCCUGGUUGAUGGUGCCGCUCACCCACUUUCUGAUCUCUGUUGCUUCCUUAAUCCAACGUUUGAGUUGGUUUGUCUCAGAUGUUCUCAUUGUACCCUUAUCCCAGUCUGUGAUCUGGUUUUGUCUUCUGCAGUGUUCUGUGAUGGCUGAUUUUAGGUUCUCCUGUUCUGCUUUGUCCUUUUCAGUCCGUGUGAACGCCCCACUGUCUCCUUUUCACAUUUUUUUAAUGUUCUUUUUUCCAUGUAUUGAAUGAUCGUCUUGUUUCCCCAAUGUAAGUUUUGUCACACGAUUUGCACGGUAUUUCGUUGAUGACGUUGCAUUUUUGGUUCGGUGCUAUUUUGUCUUUUGGAUGUACGAGUAGUUGACAGAGUUUUGUGUGUGGUUUUACAGCAGUGUUGAUGUGAUGUUUUUUCAAGACCCAUUGUAUUGGUUCUGUUAUCCUCGGAUGUAUGGUCUUUUUGUUUGUCGUCUGUCUUUUUUGUGUGUUUAAUAUGGAGUCAGAGUCGAAACUGUCAAGCAGGUAACAUCUAAAAACUAUACCUUGUCUGAACAAAAGAAAAAAGAAAAGUUUAAUUUAAAAAAAUCCAUCAAUGACGAAAUAUUUUUGGGUAUCAAAUAUAUACGCCAAAAAAAUAAUCAUAUCGAAUCUUAAAAGAGUGGUGUCACCCAGCACUACUACUGGUACCUCAAUUAACCUAUAAUAAAAAAAGUGUCUUGCCUGAUGUCUCUCUUUAUAACGUACACUGUAUGCAUGUACCAAGGUGACGUUCGAAGUCAUUUUGAAACAACUAAGUGUCGCCAGGUUCAGAAAGGCUGACAAAACAGAUUUGUGUCCCCUUAGCCAAAGAAACUCAAGGUAUCUUUUUAAUGUCAGCGCUCGCCUACUCACCGAACAAAAUUACACGGCACAUCUAAUUAUUGAUUGCUUGGAAAUGUCACACGUUGCCGAGGUUGUUUAACGAUCACAGGAGUGGAGGUUGUAAAAUGUGAAGAGCUGCUGGCCAAGGAGUAAAUCCUUAACCUUUUUAAUGCCACAGCACACUGAUAUAGUAAAAAAAAAAGUCGGUAUCUACCUAAUUAUUACUCCCUGUGAAAUGCCACAUGCUCUCAGCCAGGUGUGAUCACGCCAAGAUCAGACAGCAAAAUGUCAAGAGCUGCUGGCCAACCAACCAUUUGUACGAGCCGUGCAGGGGGGAAGUACGGUCACAAGCCCAGUCACUUACUUUUUAAUGAAGUGCGAUCAAUGAUUUCUGCUUCUAAAAUCUCAGUAUCCAGGAGAGUCGAGUUGCUCUGUGGCACACCUUCGCUCACCUUUAAACACAUUUGUCAAUUAGCCUUCUUUUAUUUCUGCAUGCAUCACGGCACCGCGGACCCUCUGGGACCUGUGAUCAGGAACGUGGACGAGAACCAUCCACUGUGGCCCGAGUAUCAGCUGACUCACUCUUUUAGCAGAAAGUCCUCAUGGGGAAAAUAAUCAUAUGGGUCGAACUAGGAGGGAGAAAAAAGUGCACUGAACAGUUGUAGCUAUUUGGCGAGUGUUUAGGACGUGGAACCAGCUCGACUCGGCUCAGCUCAACUCGACUCGGUAUUCCAUUACAAGAUACCACUGACUUUAUAGUACCUGGUCGUCAUAGCGAUGCGGCGCAUUACUUCCGUGUCGUCUGGUCAGAGAGUCGCUAAUGAACUCUCUCGUUGCGUGUUGUCUUGUUUGAAUUUUUACGUCGGUCACCAAAGACUGAUUGUCCUCGACCGACCAUGGUGUAGUUUUGGGCUGUUACCAUGUGAAUGAAAGUACCGCUAUACUUACUGUCCACUUCUGCAUCUGUUUUUUGUAAAACGGCGGGUCACAGAGACAACUGUCUGACCAAUGCAGUGUUUACACGUCACGUUUUAGUAUCUGGU